AUGUUCGCCAUGGACUACUCCUACCUCAACUCGUACGACUCCUGCGUGGCGGCCAUGGAGGCGUCCGCCUACGACUUCAGCUCCUGCAGCCAGGCCAACACGUUCCAGUACAGCCCCAUGCGGGGCGGCUUCGGGGCCAGCCCGGCCUGCCCCCCCCUCGCCUCCGCCAACUGCGCGCUGGGCGCCCUGCGCGACCACCAGCCCUCGCCCUACUCGGCAGUGCCGUACAAAUUCUUCUCGGACCCGUCGGGCAUCAACGAGAAGCGGAAGCAGCGGCGGAUCCGGACCACGUUCACCAGCUCGCAGCUGAAGGAGCUGGAGAGGGUCUUUGCCGAGACGCACUACCCCGACAUCUACACGCGUGAGGAGCUGGCCCUCAAGAUCGACCUCACUGAGGCGCGGGUGCAGGUCUGGUUCCAGAACCGCCGGGCCAAGUUCCGCAAGCAGGAGCGCGCGGCCAACGCCAAGGGCGCGGGCGGCAGCAGCAGCAGCGCCGGCGCCGCCGCCAGCAAGAAGCCGGAGCCGCGCUCGUCCUCGGAGGACGACGAGUCCAAGGAGUCGAACUGCAGCCCGACGCCCGACAGCACGGCCUCGCUGCCCGCCGGCGGCAGCCUGGGCAGCCCCGGGGGCAGCCUGAGCCCCAGCCCGGGCGCGGGGCAGCCCCUGGGGCCCGGCCACCCCCCGCAGCCCCUGAAGGCGCCCCUGUGGCCGGGCGUCAGCACCAGCAGCGGCGCCGCCAACACGGCCGAGCUGCUGAAAGCGUGGCAGCCGGCCGAAGCCAUGCCCGGACCUUUCUCCGGCGUCCUCUCCUCCUUCCACAGGAAGCCCAACGCCCUCAAGACAAACCUCUUCUGA